GGUAAUAUUGGCAGGCGAAACAGAAACACGUGCCAUUGUUUAUAGUCUGAAAAUAACAGAAAAGAAACCGUUCAUACAUUUUCUUGAGUUUCCAUUUCUUUGGAGGGACUCAUAUAACUUACAAAAAUGGCAGAGUUCGUUCAACAGAACAUCGAGGGAAUGAUUCCCGAGUUGGAGCAGAUGGAACGAGUUGGUCUGUUUACAGGGGAAGAAACGAGACAAAUACUAAAGAAAAGAAAAGGCUUUGAAUACAAACUACAAAGAAAAACUAAAAAGAAAGAUGACCUCUUACAAUACAUCCAGUAUGAAACAAAUGUUCUAGCAUUACUGAAGAAAAGACGACAGAAUAUCGGUUACACAUUUAAAAAGUUGGAGAUAGACAAUGUCAUAUCACAAAGAAUACACAAGUUGUUCAGGUUGGCUACAUACAGGUUUCAGGAAGAUGUAAAGCUGUGGUUGUCACAUGUUCACUUUUCUAAAACAAGGAAUGAGAAAACUGCAGUCAGCAAACUGUUCACCCGAAUGUUACAGGUCCACAACAGGAAGCCAGAUCUGUGGAUUACUGCUGCCAAAUGGGAGUUUGAGGAGAACCUAAAUCAUGAGAAUGCUCGCCAUUUACUCCAGAAGGGUCUUAGGUUUAACCCUUCCUCAAAACAACUUUGGCUAGAGUAUUACCGGAUGGAACUGUUAUUUGCAGAAAAGCUCAGGAAAAGAAAGCAGAUUGUAGAGUCUGACGUACCUGAUGAGGAGGAUUGUAACCAGGAUGCAGUGCUGGCAGGAAGUGUGGCAGCUGUGGUAUAUAAACAGGCACUGCAGAAGUUCCCAGCGGAUGUGGAUUUUGCAUUGUCAUUCCUACCGAUAUGUCAGCUGUUUGAUUUUGCCAAAAACCAAGAAGAACAAAUAUUCUCUGAGGUACAAAAGAGUUUCCCAGACAGACCAGAGACGUUUGAUGCUAUCGCAAGACAGCAUAUCUACACAGCCUCCAUAAUAGAGGAUGCGAAGUUGAAAGAAAUAGAGAUUCAGAAAUGUUAUGAUGUGUUUCAAGAGGCUGUUACAAAAGUGGCUGGAGGUGAGAUAUGGGGCCUUUACAUUAAAGCUUGUGUGGAUCUGGUUCAAAUGAAGCUCCCCAAGAAAACACCUCCUCCUGAAUGGAGGAUACACAAACUGCUAGCAGUGUUUGAUGAGGCCGCCAGGAGGGAAGCUGUCACACCAUCUUUGUUUGAGAAAUGGGCGGAGGUGUUAUCCAAUGUCGGCCUCAUAAAGGAACAGAUGAGAGUCUAUGAACUUGCCACUACCCAACAUCCCAAGGUCAUCUUUCUAUGGGUACAGAGGCUGCAGGCCCUCAUUAGGACUGCCCCUCCACAGGACCAGGUUUUGGAAAUGUUUCAUGAAGCAUGUGAACAGGUCCCGAAAAAGAAGAGUCUUCCACUGUGGCAGUUGGUUCUGGACUAUUGUAUUACCAACCAAUCAGAUUCGACCAGAACUUUAUUUGAGAAAGGUGUAAGCUGCCAUAGUUCAGUAUCUGGACCGUUGAAAGUGCUGUACUUACAGUGGACCUACCUAUCGACAGGUAUCAGUGGGACGAGGGAUCUCUACAGAAGGUUUAUGCAGGCAGGACUUGUACCCCAACAGAUCAUUAAGGAGUACAUUAAAAUGGAACUGGCCCAGGCCAAACCCAAGAUGAAACUCCUACGCCAGGCUUAUGAGGAUGCAGUGACAGAGUUUGGGUCUACAGAUGCUGAUCUUUGGAUUGACUAUAUCCAACUGGAACAGACUCAUCCACAGGGCCGGCCAGAAGACGCUGGUACAAUCCACUUCAGAGCUGUAAAAUGUCUAGAGGGAGAUCUCAACCAGCAAUUUAUCACCAAGUACACCCUCUUACAGACUGGACACAUGGAUGGAUGACAGAAAAAAAGGAUUCCCUUCUCUAUUAUAUAACACACUAACUGGACACUGGAAUAAAUAUUGAGUGAAAUACAUAAUUA